GAGACCAUGUAUAUUUACUCAACUACAACCUCUCCUAUCCAAACCAAACACACAGCUCGGGUGUUUACGGCGCAGACCUGAACGACUUUCCUCUGGAGCAGCUUGUGGUUGCGCGCAGAGAGGAUGCUUUUGUGUCUUCAGCUCACACCAGGAACAAGGAACCAGUGAGAGCGCUUUGCUGAUUUUGAGAUUGUUUUUGUUGCUGUUCACAUCAGACACAAAGGAGUUAUUUCCUUUUAUGACUUUAUAAGGAUUGCCACUGGAAUAUGCGCUUUUUGCUCGAUCACCGGACUUGAUUGUGACCUGUAGCACCACCUGUGACACCGGCAGGCACCAGCACAAGAGGCGUUUUGCUUGGUUAAAUCUUGAAGAAAUUACAGCUGCAGCUGCGGUGAGGAUUUUGCAGCGGGACACUGACAUAUAGCACAAGAUUUCCAACAGCCUGCACUUAUUGUUUCUGCUUUUUAUUAACUGUAUUUGCUCAGGGUAAUAAGCCUCACUGUCACAGGUUGCUGACAGCGCAACAACUUUCCUCAUCAGAUAAGUGCGGCACGUUUUACGCACACAGGAGACGCUUGAGCUCGAGGUGAGGCGAGCGCACGGGGCUGUGAGGUGGGAAAGAAGACAUAAACCAAAAGAAGCAGGUAGUCCAGACAUCCACAAUGACAGACGGUGCAAGACAACGGAGCAGCACGUCGGGCUCUGCCAAGGAUGCUGUCGGUGAGAAGGAGUCAGGAGGCGGAGUGGCGCUCAAGAAGGAAAUUGGGCUUGUGAGCGCCUGCGGUAUCAUAGUUGGUAACAUUAUCGGCUCAGGUAUCUUUGUCAGUCCCAAGGGAGUGUUGGAGAACGCCAGCUCUGUGGGCGUGGCCCUGAUCGUCUGGAUCAUCACGGGCGUCAUCACAGCCAUCGGGGCGUUGUGCUACGCCGAGCUGGGCGUCACCAUCCCCAAGUCGGGGGGAGACUACUCCUACGUCAAAGACAUCUUCGGAGGGCUGGCUGGGUUCCUGCGUCUGUGGAUCGCCGUGCUGGUCAUCUACCCGACCAACCAGGCCGUGAUCGCGCUGACGUUUUCCAACUACGUGCUGCAGCCUCUCUUCCCCACCUGCUUCCCGCCGGAGAAUGGCCUUCGUCUGCUGGCUGCUGUCUGCCUCUUGCUGCUGACAUGGGUGAACUGCUCCAGUGUGAGGUGGGCCACCAGGGUGCAGGACAUCUUCACUGCCGGCAAGCUCCUGGCCCUCGCCCUCAUCAUCAUCAUGGGCAUUGUGCAGAUCUGCAAGGGACAGUACUACUGGUUGGAGCCGGCCAAUGCCUUCGAGCCCUUCCAGGACUAUGAUGUGGGUUUGAUAGCCUUAGCCUUCCUACAAGGCUCCUUCGCCUACGGAGGGUGGAACUUCCUCAACUACGUCACGGAGGAGCUGGUGGACCCCUAUGUGAACCUUCCCCGUGCUAUCUUCAUCUCCAUCCCCCUCGUGACCUUCGUUUACGUCUUUGCCAACAUUGCCUACGUCACAGCCAUGAGUCCCCAGGAGCUGCUCGCCUCAAACGCCGUUGCCGUGACGUUUGGUGAGAAGCUGCUGGGAGUCAUGUCCUGGAUCAUGCCCAUCUCUGUGGCUCUCUCCACCUUCGGGGGAGUCAACGGUUCCCUCUUCACCUCUUCGCGACUGUUCUUUGCUGGAGCCAGAGAGGGCCACCUCCCCAGUCUGCUGGCUAUGAUUCAUGUGAAACGCUGCACUCCCAUCCCUGCUCUGCUCUUCACUUGCCUGUCUACCCUGCUUAUGCUGUGCACCAGUGAUAUGUACACCCUCAUCAACUAUGUGGGCUUUAUCAACUACCUCUUCUACGGAGUCACUGUCGCUGGGCAGAUUGUCCUGCGUAUUAAACAGCCUGACAUUCACCGACCAAUCAAGAUCAGCCUAAUCUGGCCAGUCAUUUACCUCAUCUUCUGGGCCUUCUUGCUCAUCUUCUCCCUUUACUCCGAGCCUGUGGUGUGUGGCAUCGGCCUGGCCAUCAUGUUGACCGGCGUCCCCGUCUAUUUCCUGGGAGUCUACUGGGACAAUAAGCCACAGUGCUUUGAUGCCUUUGUUGAUAAAAUGACAUACCUGGGCCAGAAGUUCUGCGUGGUGGUUUAUCCAGCCACAGGAUCUAGUGACGGGAACGGAGAUGAAGGAGAGGAAAUGAAGGAGGCCAGGUCUCCGCUGUCCAAGGAGGACAGUGACAACCACAAGUCAGCGGACUGCUAAAGUCUUACUCUACCACCUGCCCCAAAAUAAACAGACAUAUGCAGACGCACACGUGGGUGCACACAAACACACGUGCAUACACCACAGUCUGUAGUGGAUUUACUGAUCAACACAUGGGCCCCCCCCCCCCCCCAACUUUGUCUUUCAUAUUUUUAUUUGGUUUUAUAUCAAUCAAUAAUUUAAGUGCCAAAUAUAGCGUGAGGUAUUUAGAGUAAUAUGACCCCAAACUUUUCAGUCUGGGGUCCUUCACAAGUGCAAUAAAGAAAGGCUAGCACCUUCCAACUCCUCCAUGAAUGCUUAAACAAAAACAUUUACCACUAAUUGUCCUGCUUCUCUUCUGACACACACUCCCUGCACACUCCUACUGUAAGAGCGUUAUCUUUUUUUAAAAUUUUUAUCAAAAGACUCUUAUUGUACUGUGAUGGCUACGCAAACUUUUUCUUUGUUUUGUUUUUCUUGACAUUGUAAAUGUUGCUUUCAACACACCAAAGCUGUAUUUUUGAUCGUCAAAGCAGAAAAUCAGAUUCAGAUCAAGUCAUUUCAAGUUGUGAAGUACACUAAGUACUGUGUUUUGUUUUUAAAGGUGACUGUGAUUCCGAAAUAUUUUAUCUUUUGUAAUUGUGAUAAUUGUUUAUAUCAUUUGACUUUGUUGUUAUGCUAGUUUUAAUAUGUUAAUUUUAGAUUUGUUGAUAUUUUUUUUCUAUUCAACGUCAUAUACAUCUGGGCCUAUUUUUUUACUCUUGUGGAGGCGUACACCUGAAAGCUGAUGUGUGAGUUGUAGUUUGUAUCGGUAAAUGGUGCACAGUUCUUGUUAAUUGCCUUAAUUAGAAUAUAGUCUGUACUGUGUCACUACAGCUUUGUUUUGACAGUAAAUCCUCGUACUUCGGGAUAGUUUAACAUUUUAUGGAAGUAAUAAAAAAACAACAAAAAAAAGUGUAUACUAGUAUGGACACUACACUGAUAAUUAACCCGUUAAAACUGCAAGUCCAGCACGGACACAUGAAAGAACAUCAUAGGCAAGACAUGAUAGUGUUCACCACCACAUUUGCAUUGUUUGUGUGCAAAUCCCUACACCGACACAUGUGAAUGCCUGUGUGAUUUUUUAUUUUUUAAAGAGGCAUUGAUUGUCUUACAUGUUUUACGAAAAAAGUAUUUUUGUAGCUUGCCAUCUAGCUGUUUAAAUGUUUUUGUUCUUUAUUUAGGUUAUUGCCGAGCCCCUAAAGUCCUGAAAGGUGACAUUUUUUACAAGUUAACUAAUUUGUGGGAACAAGUUAUUAAACUUGUGGUAAAGAGUUCAUUAUUUGGUGAGCAUAUAUACCUUGGGGGAACAAGUUAAUUAUCUUGUGGGAACAAGUUAAUUAAUUUGUGGGAAUGAGUUAAUUAUCUUGUGGGAACAAGAUCAUUAACUUCUUUUUAGAACUUGUGGAAACAAGUUAAUUAUCUUAUGGGAACAAGUUAAUUAUCUUGUGGGAACUAGUUAUUAGCUUGUACUCACAAGAUAUCAUUCUUGUGAGAAAAAGUUAAUUAAUUUGAGGGAAUGAGUUAAUUAUCUUGUGCGCACAAGUUAUUAAACAUGUGGGAACAAGUUAAUUAUCUUGUGGGAACAGGUUAAUAAUUUUGUGGGAACAAAAUCAUUAACUUGUGGGCACAAGCCUUUAACUUGUGGAAACAAGUUAAUUAUCUUGUGGGAACUAGUAAUUGUCUUGUACUCACAAGAUACUAAUCUUGUGGGAAAAAAUUAAUUAUGUGAUGAGCAUAAGUUAUUUACCCUUGAGGGAAAAAAUGAAUUAUCUUCUGGGAACAAGUUAAUUAAUUUGUGGGAACGAGUUAAUUAUCUUGUGGGCACGUUAUUAAUCUUGUGGGAACAAGUUAAUUACUUGGUGAGCAUAAGUUAUUUACCUUGGGGAAAAAAGUUAAUUAUCUUGUGGAAACGAGAUAACUAACUUGUAGGCACAAGUUAUUUGUCUUCUGGGAACAAGUUAUUUAUCACUGGGGACAACCAAAUUACCUUGUGGGCACAAGUUAAUUAUCUUGUGGGAACAAGUAAAGAUUAUUUACUUGUUCCCACAAGACAAAUAACUUGUGCCUACAAGGUAAUUAGGUUGUCUCCGAUGAUAAAUAACUUAUGUGCACAAGAUAACUUCUUCUCACAAGAUUAUUACUUGUUCCCACAAGACAGGCUUUAUUACCUUCUAUGUACAAGACGGGACAUUUAGGGGCUCCGUAAGUUGUAGAAAUUAGAGCUUUACAUUAAAAAAAAAAAAAAAAAAAUCAGCUAUUUUUUUGAUUCAUAAAACUCAGUAGAAGAAUUUUUUAGUGCAAUAUUAGUAUAGACACCAGCAAAAAAACUGAACCCUGAAUGAAUUCAUUCUGUGUCGUCUGGUUAUAGUUAUGUAUCUAUGCUAUAUAUUAAAGUAACAGUACACCUGCAAACAUUAACACACAUUAUGUACUCUUGUCUUUAUAUAAUCUAUCGCUGUCUCAGGGCAUCCCCACUGCCUUCUGCACAUACACUGCCUGAAACCUUCAAACCUUGAAAAUUCAACCCAUUUAACUGGUUGCCUCUUUGAAAUCCAGUCUGUUAGUGCUGAAUGUACUGGUGCUUAUAGAUAUUUAUUUCCUCAGGAGUCUCAAUCUUAUAAGUGAUCCCAAAAAAACAGAGGACAUGUGAAUCGUUAUAUCAAGACAGUAUCAUUUAAGUUCGGCCAGUAUUGUGCGGGUUUCUUGUGUUAAGGGUAACAGGGUGUCUGUGAUGUCUUUACAAGUACAAUGAUUGUGUUUUGUGCCUGUAUGGUUAUUGUGUAUUUACAGCAUACACAGAUGUCAUGGCAGUCUGUCUAUUGUCUUUUAGUAAAUAAAAACCACUGACUAAGGUUUGAAUUUGUAAUUCAGGGCCUCAUUUAUAUAUGUAAGAAAAUGCUCCCUGUUUUUAUCUUCACCCUGCUAUGCGAUCAUUUCAAAGUAUGUGAUUAAACUCUUCCUACGUCAAGACACCAUCCUCAGUUUUCUGACAUGAACCUUCACAUUUCCCAGCAAGACCGUAACUGUACAUAAAUGAGGCUUGAAAAAGCUUCCACCUCAGAAGUCAAAUGCUGCAACUUCAUGUGAUAUGACAGUGUAAUCUGUGCAGACUUGGAGCUUCACCUGGUUAACUGUUUAAAAUCGUAAGUGUAACAAUGCUGAUUUUGUUCUGACUCACUUCCCUGCUGCUCAAGGUUCCCUUUCAAGCUGCAACCUCCAACGUCUUGCUUUAAUUCAGACCAAAACGAGCCUUCGAUGUGGGGGAAAUGUGAAGUUUUCUAUGUUGUAACAGUCAUGCAUACUACUAAUCCAAGCAAUACAUCAUCGCACUCCAACACUCUGCCUGAUAAGAAUGUUAUUUCCAAAUCAUUUUGUGUACACAUUGGUCUCUAAUUUGAGUUGCAGUUUGCAGUCUACCUACCAUCCUGAGAGCCAUUUUGAGGUCUCUCAAACUUAAGUCUAUUUUUGUGUUAAACUGUAAAUGUACAUAUCGGUGGUGAGUGUGUGACAAGAAUAAAAAAAUACAUAAGAAUGU